ACCACGCCACGACAUAGUACAUGUCCGUGUGUGCAGUCAACGGUGCAAAUCUCAUAAAAACAGCCCGUGUUCAUGGCGUGUACAAUGCUGUAGAACACGUUCACAGCCGUAUCCAGACCCGGGAACCGUGAUUCCACGGGUACAACGCGCGUUGGUCCAAAUCGAACAAACCCUGUCACUAACAAAACACCAGCUGCGCAGCAGUUUCGAAACGCCGCAAAAACAGGGUCAUGGCUGUCAGCUGCUCGGAGCGAAUCUUCCUGAAAUGUUAUCAAUAGCGUCGCGCCGGCGAAGGCAUCUUAACGCAGGUGUGUCGCUCGCUGUCGUGUUUAUGGCAAGCACGUGGUUUCGGCGUCGUCGUGGCUGUGCUAUGACCCAACGGAGCACAUCGUCGUCGAGCGCCGUCACGCACAGCUGCGCCCGCAUCUCCGUGGUCUGAAGUACCGUUACCACACCACGUGGAGUGCUUACACUACAUCUACUUCUGCGACGGGGCGCCGAUAGCGUGCGCGCGUUGUUCGUAAUGGCCUGGCUGGCGCUUCGAGGCAGCGGACGAAUGGUGGUUGUCCUAGCCGCCGCCGUCUCGCUGCUCGUGCUGAUCUACGUGGCGCGGAUAAGGACUUCGCGACCCGCCCUGGUGAGUCUCAGGAGGCUGCUGGACGCCGGCGUGGCCGCUGCUGAAGCGGGAGGCGACGAAGUGCGACGCGUGCGCCUCAGCAACCGCCUCGCGCAGCAGAGCAAGGGCAAGACGCGCGAAGGCGCCAACGACCCGCUCACGGCGGGAGACCUCAGCUCCCACCGCGUCAUGUACGGAGGCCUGUCGGCCACUUUUCCGGGACUCUCGAUAAUCUCCGAGGAGCACGCUGAAGGAGACCGCGAUGCAGCUGCUAACCUGCUGUCCAGAGUGCACACUCUGGGAGGCCCAAUUGGUGACGAUGUCCUUGUUCCAGCAGAGGCCAUCACGAUAUGGAUUGAUCCUCUGGACGCCACUCAGGAAUACACGGAAAACCUCCUGGACUAUGUCACCACUAUGGUCUGUGUGGCAGUGCACGGCUCUCCGGUGAUUGGCGUCAUACACCAGCCCUUCCUUAACAAGACAACGUGGGGCUGGGUUGGCCACGGCAGCAACGUCAAUUCGCCCGCCCAGCGCGAUGCAUCCGAGGCUCGCACGAUUGUGGUGUCGCGAUCGCAUCCCGGCGAGGUACAGGCCCUGGCCAAGAAGGCCUUUGGCUCGGAGGCCAAAGUAGUGCCAGCUGGAGGCGCAGGCUACAAGGUGUUGCAGCUCGUAGAAGGUCACGCCGAUGCAUACUUGCACAGCAGCGCCAUCAAGAAGUGGGACGUCUGCGCGGGAAACGCCCUGCUCGCCUCGCUGGGAGGUCACAUGACUGCACUCGAAGGCACGCCCCUGAGCUACAGCGUAGAGUCCACGCCAGUACACCUGGGUGGCCUCCUGGCUGCCCUAAACAACCACGCACAAAUGCUGGACUCGGUGCGCAAAGCCCAUGCAAAGGCUUGAGGCAGACACCAGAACAUCGAGCAAGCUGGUAGGCAGCUGGUCUGCUGCCGGUGGGAAAUGCCGUACGUCGAAUUUCGUACAAGAUUGGACUGGAGAGUAAUUUAGUUAAGCAGAAUACAUAGCGCAGAAACAAGCACAGGACAAGAAGACGACAGGACAGGUGCUAAUUUCAACAAAACUUUUGUUGCAGAUUGUGUGCAUAUACUAGAAUCAAGAAUACACUUAAACCUCAAUAUAACGAACCCAGACAUAACAAAUUAUCGGUUAUAACUAAGUAAAUAAAAACUAGUCUUGCAGUACUGUGUUAUAUAUACAUUUAUAACAAAUUUCCGAACUUAGGAAACUGGUAUUCGUGUAAGAUGCAACUUUGUUAUGAAGAAGUUUCAGGGUAUAUGAAACUGCCAGAAAAAUUUAAAAAUUGGCAGACCCCACGUACAGUGGAAA